AAACAUGGCGGCAGAAUGGAUGAGCGGAAGUCCCUUAUCUUCUUCUCAAAUGAUCGAAGUAGAAAGCAAAUUUCGUGUACCACCAGACUUUGAGAAAGUUCUGGAAUUGAAAGGAGCAAAACUUAUGCGACAAACCACUUUCACCGAUGUUUACUUCGACGCACCAAACCACGAACUGUCGCUUAAUGGUUACUGGCUGCGGAAGCGAAAUAAUAAAUGGGAACUUAAAAUUCAGAAACUGAAAAUUGAACGGUGGAUCGAAAGUAACCGCGAGAUAGAAGACGAAAAUGAAAUUAUAAAUGAAAUUGUGACGAGGCUGCGCUCUUUCUACCCAAAUAUUGACAGAGAUUACACGUCUGUCGAGGAGAUAGUGCAAAGAACAUCCUGUAAACAGAUUGCAUGUAUUACAACGAAUAGAGCUGUGUAUGAGAUGCCAAACAGAGUUGUAGUUGAUUUAGAUCAGGCAAGCUUUGGGUAUCAAGUUGGUGAAUUGGAGGUUGUAGUGUCAAAUGAGAAAAACGUUGAUGCCGCAAAAGAAACUAUUCAAAGAACUGCAGAACUUCUUGGCAUAGAAUGCAGAUCAGACAUUCCCAGCAAACUGGAGAAGUACAUUUUCAGUAAUUGCAGAAGUCAUCAUGAACAACUUGUUAAAUGUGGAUUCUUUGUAAAACAGCUGAAAUAAAAGCA